AAUUGGAAGUUUAUAUAUGGACAGAGCAUAAACAACCAUCUAAUAACAAUCUAAAAAGAAAGAUAAACACAGAUUAAGGAAAAAUAAAGAGAGAAAGAGAAGAAAAAAGAUGGGAAAUGAUGAAUAUUUUCCUUUGUUUGAGACGAAGCAAGCAAAGGGAAGAUUGAUUUAUAGAGUUUUUGCAACUUCUAUUUUUGUUGCAAUAUGUAUGAUAUGGAUAUAUAGAGCUACUUUUAUGCCCAUGAAAGUUGAAGAAGGAAGAUGGGGUUGGAUAGUAUUGUUUAUGGCUGAGAUUUGGUUUAGUUUUUACUGGUUUCUCACUCAAGUUCUUCGUUGGGAUUGCAUCUAUCGUUAUUCUUUCAAAGAUAGACUCAACAAGAGGUAUGAGAAUGAGUUGCCUAAAGUGGACAUAUUUGUGUGCACGGCGGACCCGGUAAUCGAGCCACCAAUACUGGUGAUCAACACCGUUUUAUCCGUCAUGGCCUACGACUACCCGCCGGAAAAGCUCAGCAUCUACUUAUCCGAUGAUGGUGGCUCAAUAUUGACAUUUUAUGCUCUUUUUGAGGCCUCCCAAUUCUCUAAGAAUUGGCUACCCUAUUGCAAGAAAUAUAAUGUUGAGCCAAGGUCCCCUGAUGCUUAUUUUAAAUCAAUGCCUAAACCUGCUGGUACUACACAUUCUACCCAUUUGGCAUCUAUAAAGAAAUUGUAUGAUGAAAUGCGCAACAGAGUUGAGACCGUAACAAGUCUAUGCCAGAUUCCAGAAGAAGUACGUGCUCAGCAUAGAGGAUUUUCCAAAUGGGAUGACACCUAUACUUCUAAACGUGAUCAUGAUACCAUUCUUCAGAUAUUGAUUGAUGGAAGGAAUAAAGGGGAAAUAGAUGAUCAAGGUUACCAAUUGCCUAAACUUGUGUAUUUAGCUCGCGAGAAGAGGCCUCAACACUCCCAUAACUUCAAAGCUGGAGCUAUGAAUUCAUUGCUAAGAGUGUCAUCAGAAAUAAGCAAUGGACUCAUAAUCCUCAACGUCGAUUGUGAUAUGUAUUCCAACAACUCACAGUCUAUACGGGAUGCACUUUGUUUUUUCAUGGAUGAGAAGAAGAGCCAAGACAUUGGUUUUGUGCAGUUUCCUCAAAACUUUUGCAAUACUACCAAAAAUGAUAUAUAUGGUUCUUCCCUUCAAAUCAUCAGUAACGUGGAAUUCCAUGGUUUGGAUGGCUUAGGAGGUCCACUUUAUAUUGGAACUGGCUGCUUUCAUCAAAGAGAAAUAUUAUGUGGGAGAAAAUACUCUAAGGAAUACAAGAUUGAUUGGAAGAAUCAAAAUGCUGUGAAUGUGGAAGGAACAAUUGAUGAGUUGGAAGAGAGAGCCAAAUUACUUGCUAGCUGCACAUAUGAGCUAAACUCUCAAUGGGGAAAAGAGAUGGGACUAAAAUACGGGUGUGCAGUCGAAGAUGUGAUAACAGGAUUGGCAAUUCAAUGUCGAGGAUGGAAAUCAGUGUAUUUGAAUCCAAAAAGGAAAGCUUUCUUAGGUUUAGGAGCUACAACUUUGGAAGAUACAUUAGUGCAACAUAAAAGAUGGAGUGAAGGUGAUCUACAAAUUAUGCUAACUAAUUUUCCUUUAUGGUAUGGGCAUAAGAAGAUCAACCUUGGCCUUCAAUUAGGGUAUUGUCACUACUGUUUUUGGGCAAUCAAUUCCCUUGCAACAUUGUGUUAUUGUACCAUCCCUUCUCUUUACAUGCUUGGAGGAAUUGCCUUAUUUCCUGAGUUAUCAAGUCCAUGGUUCCUUCCAUUUGCAUACACCAUUAUUACAAGCUACACCUACAGCUUAGCAGAAUUUCUACACACAGGAGGAACAGUUUUAGCCUGGUGGAAUGAACAAAGGAUGUGGCUCUACAAACGAACAUCAUCUUAUCUUUUCGCCUUCGUUGACACAAUUUUGAAGCUCAUAGGAUUUUCUGAAAUGAAAUUUGUGAUCACCAACAAGGUAGCUGAUGAAGAUGUGUCCCAAAGAUAUGAGAAAGAGAUCAUGGAAUUUGGAGUUCCUUCUCCUAUGUUCAUCAUGUUGACUACUCUUGCAUUCAUAAAUUUGUUCUCUUUUGCAAUACUAAUUAAAACUUUGUUGUUAGGAGAAGAGAAAAUAAGAAUGAUUAUUGAGAGAUUAAACUUGCAAAUUUUGAUAUGUGGUGUGUUGGUUUUAAUCAACAUUCCAUUGUUUAAAGCUGUUUUUAUUAGGGUAGACAAAGGCAAAAUGCCUAUUUCUGUGACUGUAAAGGCAGUUGUUGUAGCUGUUACAAUUGUACUUUAUUUUUGUUAUUAGGGUUUUUAAUUUGGUAUCUUUGGUUGAGAGGAAAUAAUAACUCCAUGUAAGAAAAAGGAUAUAAAAGGAAAUAUAUCAUUCAUGUUUUUUCUUCUUAAA